AUGGCACCCACGGCCCUCAUUGUCCGCUCCGCAACCAUCUUCUCCUCCGUCCUCCUGAUCGCUCUGUCCAUUACUGUGCUUUCCACGAGCGUCGAUGCCUCGAAUCGCAUCGCGAAGGACUUCCCUGCAGGCGAGUAUGGCGUGUGGUAUGGUCCCGUGAAUGCUGUCUGGAAGGGAACAAACUCGUCACUGGAGUUCUUGGAGAAGAAAGUGAACCUCGACUACGACUAUGCGACCGAGCAGGCUGCUUGGGCUGCUGCUUCGAUCUGCCUCAUUGUUGGCCUGCUCAGUGUGGGUUUUGAAGUGACGAGAUUGUUGCGCUCUCGAAAGAACGGAGACACCGCGAAUACUUCAAAGGCGUUGUCGAUUACCGCAAUCGCCCUUUCUACUGUUACGUUCAUCGUAUCUUUAGCAGCGUUGGUCUUCGUCAAUGUCCACCCCAAGCAGAUCGAGGAGACAAGUUGCGAUUGGGAGGGUACGGCCGACCGGUCGUACGGAUUGUUCAAACCUGGCCGCGACUCGUACACCUGUACACGGGAACAAUCUGCGUGUAAAGUCAUCUACUACGCCAUCCAGGACGUGCUGCCCAAGGAGAUGCAAUGUGUUGAGCUUCAAAUCGCCCGGCAUACGAUGAUCCCGCUCUUCAUCUUUUCGGGGCUUGUGACGCUUGGGUAUGGGGCGCAGAUGUGGGUGGCUAAAAAGGAGAGAUACGGGGGCGUGGAUCCUGAAGAGAGGGUGCGACGACUUCAAGAGGAGGAUGAGGAGUGA